CUCACUCCGGGCGCCAUGCUGCAGGCAAGAGAGCCUAACUUGUCUUUUCAAAGGAAAAAAACACCCACGUUCAAAGACACAAGCACAACUGUUUGGGAAGAUGGAGAAUUGGAAGAAGGAGAACUGGAGGAUGAUGGGGCCGAAGAGGCCCAGGACUACCCCGCAGGGCAAGAGAGGAGCCGCCGAGACAAGGGGGAGAAGCAUCACAGCGAUUCGGACGAGGAGAAGGCUCACCGCAGGAUGAAACGCAAGAGAAAGAAGGAGCGGGAAAAAGAGAAGAGGCGGUCCAAGAAGAAGCGGAAAUCCAAGCAUAAGCGACAUGCGUCUUCAAGCGAUGAUUUCUCCGAUUUCAGUGAUGACUCUGAUUUCAGUCCCAGUGAAAAAAGCCACCGAAAAUAUCGAGAUUACAGCCCUCCAUAUUCAUCGUCUCACCAGCAGUAUCCUUCAUCGCACAGUGCCCCUUUGUCGAAAAAGGGCUACUCAAAAAUGGAGAGCAAGAAUUAUAGCAUGUACGAUGACUAUGAGAAUGAGCAGUAUGGGGAGUAUGAAGGGGAGGAGGAGGAAGAUCUCGUGAAAGAAGAGUAUGAUGACUUCACUAAAGAGCUGAACCAGUACAGACGGGCCAAGGAGGGCAGCAGCCGAGGGCGAGGAGCCAGGGUCAGAGGGAGAGGUUAUCGAGGCCGAGGAGGCCGCGGAGGGUCACGAGGGAGAGGAAUGGGCCGAGGAAACCGGGGAAGAGGCAGGGGCUCCAUGGGAGACCAUCCGGAAGAGGAAGAAGACUUCUAUGAGGAGGAGAUGGAGUUUGGAGAGAAUGAGGAGCUGAUGGGCGAAGAGGAUUAUGAUGAGUACUCCAAAGACUUGAACCAGUACCGCCGACCAAAAGAUGGCCGAGGGCGAGGUUUAAGUCGGGGCCGAGGCAGAGGCUCGAGAGGCAGAGGCAAGGGGAUGGGACGAGGACGCGGUCGAGGCGGGAGCAGGGGAGGCAUCAAAGGAGGCAUGAAUGAUGAUGAAGAGUUCUAUGACGACGACAUGGGGGACAGUGGUGGUGGUGGCAGCUAUCGGAGGAAUGACCACGACAAGCCCCACCAGCAGUCGGACAAGAAGGGGAAAGUCAUCUGCAAGUACUUUGUGGAAGGCCGGUGCACGUGGGGAGAACAUUGCAAUUUUAGCCACGAUAUCGAGCUGCCAAAGAAGCGCGAGCUGUGCAAGUUUUACAUCACCGGCUUUUGUGCCAGAGCAGAGAACUGCCCAUACAUGCAUGGUGAUUUUCCUUGUAAGCUCUUUCAUACAACUGGAAACUGUAUCAAUGGUGAUGACUGCAUGUUCUCCCAUGACCCCCUCACCGAAGAGACAAGGGAGCUUUUGGACAAGAUGUUAGCAGACGAUGCAGAAGCAGGUGCGGAAGAUGAGAAGGAAGUGGAAGAAUUGAAAAAACAAGGCAUCAAUCCUCUACCCAAGCCUCCACCAGGAGUCGGCCUCUUGCCCACCCCGCCACGUCCCCCCGUGCCUCCGGCUCCGACAUCUCCCAAUGGCAGGCCCAUGCCUGGAGGCCCCCCGCCUCCACCUCCACCCCCGCCUCCUGGGCCCCCCCAGAUGCCUAUGCCCGUGCCGUCGCACGAGCCCCUCUCUCCCCAGCAGCUUCAGCAGCAGCAGGACAUGUACAACAAGAAGAUUCCAUCGCUGUUUGAGAUCGUGGUUCGGCCCACGGGGCAGCUGGCUGAGAAGCUGGGGGUGAGACACCCUGCUCCACCUCCCCCCAGAUUCCCUGGGCCUGGGGGGCCCCCUGGGCCAAUGGGGCCUGGGCCCAACAUGGGACCCCCUGGGCCCAUGCCAGGACCAAUGCAUCCUGACAUGCAUCCCGACAUGCACCCGGACAUGCAUCCCGACAUGCACCCGGACAUGCAUCCUGACAUGCACCCGGACAUGCAUCCCGACAUGCACCCGGACAUGCCAAUGGGCCCUGGGAUGAAUCCUGGCCCCCCCAUGGGUCCUGGGGGCCCACCAAUGAUGCCCUAUGGUCCUGGAGACUCCCCACAUUCCGGAAUGAUGCCCCCUGUUCCACCAGCCCAGAACUUCUAUGAAAACUUUUACCAGCAGCAGGAGGGCAUGGAGAUGGACCCUGGACUAAUGGGGGAGGCAGAGGACUAUGGACAUUAUGAGGAGAUGGAAGGCGAGGCAGGAGAGCACGUUUUCCCAGAGCAGCCCCUGGAGCCUGAUGGCUUCCUCGAAGCAGGGCCCCCUGGGAGACAGCAGCCCGCCACCAGUGUCCCUGACUUCCUCCCCUCUGCCCAGAGGGCCUUAUACCUGCGCAUCCAGCAGAAGCAGCAGGAAGAAGAAAGGGCAAGGAGGCUAGCUGAGAGCAGCAAGCAGGAGCGGGAGAAUGAGGAAGGUGACACAGGCAACUGGUACUCCAGCGACGAGGACGACGGAGGAAGCAGCGUAACCUCCAUCCUCAAAACUCUGAGACAGCAGACCUCCGGUCGGCCUCCGGCGCCCAGCGGGGAGUUGGGAGGCGGUGGCGCGGGGCCCCUGCCAACGGCGGGCGAUCCCCGCCUCCAGAAGGGCCCCGCCGCCGGGGGCAGACCUGCCGACCCGCGCCUCGCCCGGGACCCGAGGCGCUCUCGUCACACUGAUGCUCCCGGCCCUUCGGGCUCCGGGGAUUCGGGGCUCUCGGACCCCCGACUGGCCCGCUCCGUUCCCCCCUCCAAGCCUGACGGACUCCAUCCGAGCCCAGCAUGUACCAGUGGUGGGAAGGGGUCUGGGCCCCCGGAAGAAGAAGAAGGGGAGAGGGCUCUGAGGGAAAAAGCGGUGACCAUUCCUCUGGACGCCCUGCCAGGGACCCCGCUGCGGGAUCCUAGGCUACAGCUCCAGCAGUUCAGCCACAUCAAGAAGGACGUGACCCUGAACAAGCCCAGCUUUGCUCGCACUGUGCUUUGGAACCCCGAGGACCUCAUCCCCGUCCCUGUCCCCAAACAAGACUCUGCAACCUCUCUCCCUGCUGCCCUGCAGUCUUUGCCCGCCCUCGAUCCCCGCCUCCACCGGCCCCCUGCCGCUGGGCCCUCAGAUCCCCGGCAGCGUGGGGCAGCCCCCUCGGACCCCAGCUCUGCUCCCACUGCCUCUGCUGCCAGCCUGCCGGAUUUUGAGUUGCUCUCUCGAAUCCUCAAGACCGUCAAUGCGUCCGGCCCCUCAGCACCGAGUCCGAGUGAUAAGCCCAGUGACCCCCGAGUGCGGAAAGCCCCUGCCGACCCCCGGCUGCAAAAACCCGGGGAUGCUGCCUCAUCCCGCGCCACCAAGCCCAGCACUCCUGAGGCAGCUGCGCCACCCCCCACUUCCUCUGGCGAGGCCUCGCCUCCGGCUAUUGCCCCUUAUGACCCCCGGGUCCUGGCGGCUGGGGGGGUCAGCCAAGGUGGUGGGAGCGGGCAGAGCAGUGUGCUCAGCAGCAUCAGUCUCUAUGACCCAAGGACUCCGAACUCUGGCAGCAAAGUGGCCGAGCCGGCCCCCGAAGGGGGCGCCCAGCCCAAGGGUCCCGAUGGCAACGGCAAAAGCUCAGCGGCCAAGGCCAGAGAGCCUCCGUUCAUCCGCAAGUCGGCCUUGGAACAGCCGGAGGUGGGCAAGGCAGGCUCGGAGCCCGCGGCCACGGACAGGUACAACAGUUAUAAUCGGCCGCGCCCCAAGGCAACCCCGACCCCUGCCACCGCCCCCUCGGCUGCACCCUCUCCAGAGGGGGCCCCCCAGCCUGGCCUCCACAACUUGCCUGUGCCCACCCUGUUUGGGACCGUGAAGCAGGCGUCCAAGGCUGGCUCCGGGAGCCCUUUCGCUGGCAACAGCCCCUCCCGAGAGAGCGAGCAGGAUGCCGGGUCCCUCAAAGAUGUUUUUAAAGGCUUUGACCCCACUGCAUCCCCCUUCUGCCAGUAGUAUUAACCUGGACCCCGUUCCCCAUCCCCCGUCCUGUGAUUGUAUUUCAUGGCCACAUUCAGUGUUGGGAAUGUCGGGGGAGGGGG